AUGCCUACGAUACCAGUUGAUAAAAAUGAUUUGUUUGAGCUGUUAGGAAAGACCUACACUCAUAAGGAAUUUGAUGAGCUAUGCUUUGAUUUCGGAAUUGAGCUAGAUGAAGAUACCACAGAAGAUGUGAAGGGUACAGACGAACGUCCCGAGUACAAAAUUGAAAUCGAGGCCAAUCGCUAUGACAUGCUUUGUAUAGAGGGUAUUGCGCAAGCUUUGAACGAGUAUUCAGGACUUAAAGAGUCGCCUCAUUACUCCUUGAAACCUGAAAAGCCGGAAAUAAGCCUUACUGUCGAUCCUUCCACAGAGCAGAUCAGACCUUAUGCAUGUUCUGCAAUUUUGAGAAACGUCUCGUUUACCGAACGAAGCUACCAAUCGUUCAUGGCUCUACAGGACAAAUUGCACACCAAUAUUUGUAGACAGAGAACUUUGGUCGCUGUGGGUACCCAUGAUCUCGACACCAUUAAGCCUCCAUUCUUCUACAAAGCUCUACCCCCUGAACAGAUCAAAUUCGCUCCUUUGAAUCAGAAUGAGGUGAUGGAUGGUAAAAGAUUGAUGGAAUUUUAUGAGACGGACAAAAAUUUGGGCCGUUACCUUCACAUCAUCAGGGAUUCUCCUGUUUACCCAGUUGUCCUAGAUUCGGCUGGUACAGUGUGUUCUUUACCUCCAAUUAUCAACAGUGAUCGUUCAAAAAUCACCCUGAAUACCAAGAACGUCUUUAUCGAGGUCACUGCAACGGACAAAACCAAAGCAGAGAUCGUUAUUAACCAAAUCGUUGCCAUGUUCUCUCGCUAUUGUCAAGAUAAGUUUAUCAUCGAGCCUGUCAAGAUCAUUUCGGAUCAUAACAGUCAAACACGAGUGUCUCCUAAUGUGAAACCACGGAUUAUAGCUGUUGAAAAACAUUAUAUCAACUCGUGCUUAGCUUUGGAUCUGUCGACUGACGAGAUUUGCAAACUACUUAAGAGAAUGUCUCUUACAGCAAAGGCCAAUCCUUCCAACGAUAACCUCAUUGACGUCUCUAUCCCUAUAACUAGAUCAGAUAUUCUUCAUCAGUGUGAUAUUAUGGAAGAUUGCGCCAUCGCUUACGGCUACGAUAACUUGAAGAAGACUACUCCAAAGACUGCUGCAACUGUGGCUCAUGCACUUCCUAUUAAUAAGGUGAGUGAUAUUCUGAGGGCUGCUUCAGCUCAGGCUGGAUGGUUGGAGGUUAUGCCUCUUGCACUUUGUUCUCAUGAUGAGAACUUCAAGUUCUUGAAAGAUGAGGAUGAUUCGCUUGCCGUGAAGUUGGCCAACCCAAAGACCGUCGAGUAUCAGGUUGUUAGAACCACUCUAGUUCCAGGAAUCUUAAAGACCAUCAAGGAGAACAAGAAUCAUGCUUUGCCUAUCAAGGUUUUUGAGGCCAAUGAUAUUGUUUUGAAAGACGAUACCGUUGAGAGACGUGCCAGAAACCAGAGAAAUUGGUGUGCUGGUUAUGCCGGUAAAGUGUCCGGCUUUGAGCUCAUCCAAGGUUUGUUAGGAAAAAUCAUGCAGACCUUCAGAACCCCUUGGUUAGAGGAUUCAUCAACAGAUGAACACGGCUUUUGGUUGCAGCAGUCCGAUGAAAAGAGAAUGUAUUUCCCAGGGAGGGGUGCCAAGAUAAUGUACAGGCCAAAGAAGGGCGCUGAAUUUGAGCAGAUUGGCCACAUCGGUGUCUUACAUCCAGAAGUUGUCACAAACUUCGACAUUCCAUUCGCUGUUUCUAUCGCUGAAAUCAACUCUGAAGUUUUCCUUUAA